GGUGGAGAUUAAAAUGGCAAGAAAGUGCUCACAUUGUGGAAACAUAGGCCAUAAUUCAAGAACAUGCACAUCAUAUAGAACCAACACGACAACUACGGUCGAUAAUAUCGGUGGGCUAAAGCUAUUCGGGGUUCAUCUCGACUUAUCUUCUUCCUCCUCUUCCAUUUUCAUCAAGAAAAGCCUAAGCAUGGAUUGUCUUCCCUCGUCAUCAUCCCCGUCUCAUUUUACUUCUUUACCUUCGUCAAGACUUUCCCUCCAAGAAAACAUAAACGGGCUUUUAGGUCGAAACCAAGAGAGAAAGAAAGGGAUGCCAUGGACGGAGGAAGAACAUAGAAGGUUUGUAGAAGGAUUGGAGAAGCUUGGAAAAGGUGAUUGGAGAGGAAUUUCCAACAACUUUGUGAAAACAAGGACUUCAACACAAGUUGCUAGUCAUGCUCAAAAAUACUUUCUCCGACAAGACAGCCACAAUAACAAGAAGAGGCGUUCAAGUCUCUUCGAUAUGGUAUCCGAACAAACAUCUUCUAAGUCGAAGAAAUAUGUUCCUGACUUAGAGCUCACGCUUGCGGUUCCAAUGGGGACUAGCCAACCAAAUUCUUCUUCGAGUCCUCUCUUAUUAUCGAACCUAUUAGCAUCAUAUUGACACUAAGAAAAGGCCAGCCAGUACUGAGAUUUGUUUUACAAAAAUGCCUUAAAUUAGACAUCAAC